UCCUUGUACCUUGACGGUCCGGUGCGACAGGUCGAAGGUUUCGUGGUAGCCGUGUCUGAUCCAGUCCAGCGAGUCCUUCAGCUCGGGCCUGGCGCUCCGCUUCGCCUCUUUGAUCCUCUUCUUGCUCUUAUGGUUCAUUCCUCCUCUGGGCUUGUGUCGCGGUCUCCGUUAGCUGUGAAGCUAACCCGGGGCUACCACACGCUCACAUCCACUAGCCUGCGCUGCUCGCCGGCUCGCCGCCUGCUCUCACCCGCUCAGCCUCCACGGAGCAGAAGCGGCUCCGCGGUUUCAACCUGAUAAACCUGUUCAGCACAGCCCAGACCACAGGGGCUCUUUAAUGAUAGAGUGCUAACAGCAGCUAGCAGCAGCUAACAACAGCUAACAGUAGCUAACAACAGCUAGCUGCCUGCACACACGAUGCUUCUGCUACUGACACGCCCAUGUGUCACAGUACACACCUGAUUGGCUUCAAAGGCUCAGGAAGCAGAGCUUUGAUUGGUCAGAGGGUGGAAUGUGCCUUCCCGCCAGGCGUAUACUUCGAUUUGAUUGGCUGUUGAGCUGCCGUCCUGUAAUAGGCUGGACGCGGAAACAGGAAACAGACAAAGUGUCUGUUGCUGAUGUUUCUACAGGAGAAUGCGUCCGUAGCCUCACGGAUCACUGACCGAGGAGGAGGUCGAUUCACACGGCGAUGGAGCGAUGGAUCCCGCGGGAGCUAACGAAGCUAACGAGGCUAGCAUAGCUUAUAAAGUGUUCACGUUUGAAGACAACAGCGCAGAGUGUCUGUCAGUGUCUGUACCUGAGGUCCUGGACCCUCAGUAUGGCAUGUACGUGUGGCCGUGUGCGGUGGUGCUGGCUCAGUUCCUGUGGACCCACCGGGAGGAGCUGAAGGACCACACAGUGCUGGAGCUCGGGGCCGGUGUGAGUCUCCCCGGGGCGGUGGCGGCGCGGUGCGGUGCGAAGGUGAUUCUGUCGGACAGCGCCCGGACGCCGCGGUGUCUGGAGAACUGCCGGCGCAGCUGUGAAGCGAACGGCCUCCGUGAGGUGGUCGUGGUGGGUCUCACCUGGGGGGAGGUGUCCCCGGACCUCGUCCUGCUGCCUCACCUGGACUUCAUCCUGGGAUCUGACGUGUUCUACGAGCCUCGAGAUUUCGAAGACGUUCUCGUGACUGUUGCUUUUCUUCUGAGGAAAAAUCCCAGAGCACAGUUCUGGACCACGUACCAGGAGAGAAGCGCUGAUUGGUCGAUUGAGCCGUUGCUCCGCAGAUGGAACAUGAACUGUGUCGACAUCCAGUUGGAAAACUUUGGUGCCGAUAAAUCUGAGCUGGCCGGAUCGACUCUGCCGGGCAGCCACAGCGUCCACAUGAUGAUCAUCACACUGGACACAAGGGAUUUGGACUGAAGAGGACAACGUGUCUCCCAGAGGACGGUCCGGUGAAAUAACCAGAUGAGCGACUCUGUGCGUCGCCCAGGAGAACAGUCAAGAGUCAAGUUUUUAUUUGCAGAUCCCAUUUAAUAUGUUUCUCAAAAUGUGUUUUAAAAAUGAAUCCCGAUUAAAAUGUUUUGAAUCCCAAA